CCAGCUUGCUGUCUCUUGGUUCCAGAAUGCUCUGGGGCUUGAUGAGGCUCCCUCACAGCACAUCCCAAAGCCAUGGGUGAUUCCAGUGCCAAAGGGGACCCUACAGCACAUCUUCGGGACCAGCCAGGUGUUCCGGAACUUUGAUGAUAUAAAGCCAAAGGCUGCAGGGUUAACGGUGCCCCUCAAAGUCAGGGAGUACUACCAUCGAGGCCAUCAGUGCUUGGAGCAAGAAGACUGGGAGGUGGCCGUGCUGUUCUUCUCCCGUGGCCUCCACCUGGACUCCCAGCUGGUAGAAUUCUAUGCCUUGAGAGCCGAGGCCUACAUCCAGCUCUGCGACUUUUCCUCGGCCGCCCAGAACCUUCGAAAGGCCUACUCCUCCCAGCCAGAGAACACGGACUUCCUGGAGCGGCUCACCUUGGUGCUUUACCUGAAGGGCCAGUGCCUUUUCGAGCAAUGCGCCUUUCUGGAUGCCCUGAACGUCUUCUCUCAAGCCUCUGAGCUCCAGCCUGAGAAAUUCUGCUUCCGUUAUCGAUGCAUGGCCUGUCUCCUGGCCCUCAAACGGCAUCGUGAAUGCCUCUCAUUCGUCACCAAGGAGGUGGAGCAUGGCACCGCCAAUGCCGAUGUCUACAUCCUCCGGGCCAGGCUCUACAACUUCUUCCAGCAGCCCAGCCUCUGCCAUCGAGACCUGCACAGUGCCUUGCUACUGGAUCCCAGGCACCCACAGGCCAAGGUGCUGCUCAAGGUGCUGGUGGGCCAGGCCCAAGAGGCACGCCAAGAAGCCGGCGUCCUAGCCGUGCAGGGCAAGCUGCAACAUGCGCUGCAGUGUAUCAACUGUGCCAUCGAGAACAACCCUCUGGACCCCAGCCUCUUCCUCUUCCGGGGCAUUAUGUACCGACGGCUCCGGGAGUUUGACUCCGCCGUGGAGGACUUCCUGAAGGCGUUGGACAUGAUGACCGAGCACCAGGAGGCCCUGGUGCAGCAGGCGCAGCGCCAACUGCUGUUGGCCUACAACGACUUGGCCGUGCACUGCUACCUGCAGGGCGCCUACCAGGAGAGCGUGCUGCUGCUCAGCAAGGCGCUCAAGGACGAGCAGCGGGAGAAAGGCCUCUACAUCAACCGCGGGGAUUGCUUCUUCCAACUGGGCAACCUGACCUUUGCUGAGGCGGACUACCAGCAGGCGCUGGCGCUGAGUCCGAAGGACGAGGGCGCCCACUUGCGCAUGGACCUACUGCAGGAGAAGUUGGGCUUCUGCGAGCAGAGGAGAAGGCAGUUCCAGAAGACAGAGAACCACUUCUCAAUGGCCAUCCAGCACAACCCCCAGAAGCCCCAGUACUACCUGUACCGCACCAGGAGCCGGCAGCUCACGCAGAACACUUUUGGGGCCCGCCAGGAUGUUGCCACUGUCCUGCUCCUUGACCCCAAACAACCAAAGCUGCUGCCACUGAUGGCCAACCUCUUCCCCGGCCUGUCAGUGGAGGAGCUGCUUAACAGCCAGGUGGCCCACCUGGCCAGGCUGCAGCUGGAGCGGGUGGUGGAGCACAGCCUGCAGGCCGGCACCCCUCAGGAUAUCGUGGGGCGGCUCAAGGAGCGGGAACUAGAGCGCCAGAGGGCCCGGGCCCCGCAGCUUUCGUGGAAGCUGGAGCAGCCUUUGUUCGAGACGUCCAAAGCGCUAGAGGCCACUCACCAGUCCCUGCAGGCACAGCCAGAAGGCCCAGAGGAAGAAGCCAAGGCCCCCGGGGAGAAGGAGAAGCUGGAGCCGGCCCCCAGCAAGGAGAGGUCCUUGACCGACGGCUACAUCAGCCAGACCUCUUCAGGCUCCAUCUUGGGCUUCAGGACCACGUCCACCUCAGAAACGGAGACGUCCACUGUCUGCCAGGAAUACGGGAGCACUUCGAUCACUGUUGUAACAUUCUCUGACUCCUCACCACUAAGGACACAGUCCUCAGACUCCAGGGACAAGAGGGAAGACCUAAGCCUGAGCCACAGCCCCAGAAAAACCAAGUCCACCCCAGGCCACAGCCAGAGGCCCAGCGAGCCCGAGACCAUCCAGGUCCAGAGCCAGAGGCCCAGCAGGACCGAGGCCACCCUGAGCCAGAGCCAGAGGCCCAGCAGGACCGAGGCCGCCCUGAGCCAGAGCCAGAGGCCCAGCAGGACCGAGGCCGCCCUGAGCCAGAGCCAGAGGCCCAGCAGGACCGAGGCCGACCAGAUCCAGAGCCGGAGGCCCAGCAGGACCGAGGCCGCCCUGAGCCAGAGCCAGAGGGCCAGCGAGCCCGAGGCCGACCAGGUCCAGAGCCAGAGGCCCAGUGAGCCCGAGGCCAUCCAGGUCCAGAGCCAGAGGCCCAGCAGGACCGAGGCCAUCUGGGUCCAGAGCCAGAGGCCCAGCAGGACCGAGGCCGCCCUGAGCCAGAGCCAGAGGCCCAGCAGGACCGAGGCCGACCAGAUCCAGAGCCGGAGGCCCAGCAGGACCGAGGCCGCCCUGAGCCAGAGCCGGAGGCCCAGCAGGACCGAGGCCAUCUGGGUCCAGAGCCAGAGGCCCAGCAGGACCGAGGCCGACCAGGUCCAGAGCCGGAGGCCCAGCAGGACCGAGGCCGCCCUGAGCCAGAGCCAGAGGCCCAGCAGGACCGAGGCCGACCAGAUCCAGAGCCAGAGGCCCAGCAGGACCGAGGCCAUCCAGGUCCAGAGCCGGAGGCCCAGCAGGACCGAGGCCGACCAGAUCCAGAGCCGGAGGCCCAGCAGGACCGAGGCCAUCUGGGUCCAGAGCCAGAGGCCCAGCAGGACUGAGGCCGACCAGGUCCAGAGCCAGAGGCCCAGCAGGACCGAGGCCGACCAGAUCCAGAGCCGGAGGCCCAGCAGGACCGAGGCCAUCUGGGUCCAGAGCCAGAGGCCCAGCAGGACCGAGGCCGCCCUGAGCCACAGCCAGAGGCCCAGCAGGAACGAGGCCGCCCUGAGCCAGAGCCGGAGGCCCAGCAGGACCGAGGCCGCCCUGAGCCACAGCAAGAGGCCCAGCAGGACCGAGGCCGACCAGAUCCAGAGCCAGAGGCCCAGCAGGACCGAGGCCGCCCUGAGCCACAGCCAGAGGCCCAGCAGGACCGAGGCCAUCUGGGUCCAGAGCCAGAGGCCCAGCAGGACCGAGGCCGACCAGGUCCAGAGCCAGAGGCCCAGCAGGACCGAGGCCGACCAGAUCCAGAGCCGGAGGCCCAGCAGGACCGAGGCCAUCUGGGUCCAGAGCCAGAGGCCCAGCAGGACCGAGGCCAUCUGGGUCCAGAGCCAGAGGCCCAGCAGGACCGAGGCCAUCUGGGUCCAGAGCCAGAGGCCCAGCAGGACCGAGGCCAUCUGGGUCCAGAGCCAGAGGCCCAGCAGGACCGAGGCCGCCUGGAGCCCAAGGCGAAAGCUCGACAAGACUAAGGCCACCCAGGGCUCAAGGCAGAGGCUCAGAAAGGCCAAGGGUGCCCAUGGCCAGAACUGGAGACCCAGAAAGGCUGGUGCCACCCAGGACUGGAGCUGGAGACUGAUCCAAAGUCCCAGCAAGAUCAAGACUUUCUAUGACCCAAGUUGGAGCCCCUGCAACACCGAGGCCACUGAGGGCCAGGGCCAGAGCCAGAGGCCCAGCCAGUCCAAGGCUGCCCAGAGCUGGAGCCAGAGCACAAGUCCAGGUUCCGACAAGACCAAGGUCACCUGGGGACUGAGCCCAAGUCUCAGCAACACGCAGACCACCCAGGGCCUGAGACAGAACCCCAGCCCCAGCAGUCAGGCUGCUGUCUGAAGGGGCCACUCGGCCCCUUCACUUCUUGCUGGGCUGCGGGCGAUUCUGUCCCUACCACUGGCCACUCAGCAAGGCAGCCUCCUCCAGAGCAAUGAGAACCUCAGCCAACAUUCCUCUGGUCCCGUGGCUAAAUUUAUUUCUCUGGUCCCAUGGCUAAAUUUAUUGUAUUUGUUCUCUUCGUUUACAAAAUUAAAAACUUGAAAAGCCCAGUCCAAGUGGCAACUUGAGUCCCUCUGUUCCCAGAGACAGAAGUCUCAGCCUGGCUUUACAAUACUGGGACAUAGGGUGUGGGGUGGAGGGUCGGGGUGUGGUGCCCGAGCCAGGGCCGAGAGUAACAGACCAGAGAAGGAAGGAGCAGCCACGAGCCACCGUCCCUGAGUUAAAAUUCACAUUGUAAGAAGGCUCAGGCUGGAGCGUGAGGUCAAGGCUCAUUGAAGUUCUGGGGCGACUAGCGGUUUCCCUGAGGAAGGAAGCAAAGGCCAAGAUGCCCUCAG